AUGAUGCAAGACUCGAGCAGUAUAUGGUUGCAGCGCCUCGAAUCACACGACAAGACAUCCCUCUGUGAGCUUUGCCAAGGUCUCACAAUAGCCAAGCUUCGCCCUCCGAAUUUCUAUCGCCAUGCAGAGAACAGAGCCGCCCUUCAAUCUUCUGCCGAGCACUGCCGCCUAUGCGCCAUCAUCGAGCGCGCAAUCUGGCGUGAUGGCUGCGGCAGAGAGCAUGGACCGCAGCUUCAGUUCGAGGGUGCCACUGAUAAAGGUUGGUUCUUCAGUGCGCAAGAGACGGCAGAAAGGGAUUCCCAAGCCGUCAAACUGUCGCUGGUACCUGAUGACUGGGCCGAGGGGUCUGAAAAUAAAGCAUCCAAGAAAGUAUCUGGAUUUGCGUACGUCGGAGUGUGGCUGAAAAGCAAGUAUAUGGCGACAGACUUGCACCUCGUCGUCGAAGAGGGCGACCCACUGGGACGGCAUGGUUGUGCAGCGGAGGAUUUCCACGUCUCUGGCCGCGUAAUCGCCAGUCAGAAUGUACCCCAGAACGCUCUUUUCGAUGUUGUCCGUGCUUGGAUGGACAGUUGUGGAAAACGCCACAAGGUCUGCGCUCCGGCUCCUUCGGAUGACAGCCCCUUGCUUCCCAGUAGGGUCAUCGAUGUCACGCAGGAUGGCUUAGACCCGCGUUUAGUUGUCUCUGACGAGGGCCAGCGGGGACAAUACGCGGCACUGAGUCACUGCUGGGGUGGGCUGCAAAUUCUACAGACCAACGCUGCGACACUGGCGCAAUACCAGGACAACAUUCCCCUGGAUGAGCUGCCCCGAUCUUUCAAAGACGCCAUCACCAUCGCGAGAAAGCUGCAGAUCCAGUUCUUGUGGAUUGACAGUCUGUGCAUAGUCCAGGACUCGGAACAGGACUGGCACCACGAGUCUGCCCUGAUGAGCUCGAUCUACCACAACAGCGUACUCACGAUCUCGGCCACCGGUGCUUUGGAUGGCUCACGAGGAUGCUUCAUCCCCGAGGCGCAUUCUGAAAUUGUCCAGCUGCCGCAGACAUUCUCUGCUACCGAUGGCAAGGCAUAUGUAACAGGCAGCAGGCUCGGUAGCUAUGGCCCGCCCUGGUCUGAUAAGGUAGCAAGCGGGCCAUUGUCUCAGAGAGCCUGGGCAUUACAAGAGAGGUACCUUUCGAGGAGGAUAUUACACUGCUGUAGAGGCCAAUGGGUAUGGGAGUGUUGUGAGAGGAUAGAGGCGCAGUAUGGCUACACCGAAGAGAGAAGCAACGCCUGGCAUCCCGCAUUCUUGGGAAGAAUCAGGGUGAUGAAGACAGCUUACUCUGGCGUCUACGAAUUCGAAAAGUAUGAUAAUGACAGCGACGCCGACGAAAGCGAACAUUGCGAAACAGGAGUGGGAGAUGGAGAACAGCAUGCAGCUCAAAGCCAACCGACUGACCUAAUAGCACGUCAAGAUGGUGAAAACAACGGCCACGACACCAGUGCCUUUGACGAAACGCAGGGAGCUGAUAUCGCAAGAUUGGAAGAUGUCCAUGUAGAAACUCCUGCAGAUGAUGAGCAAGAACAACAGGAACCAGCGAGCCAAAGCUUCGUCGUCUCUCUCAUGGAACCCCCAAAUGGGCGCUCGACAUACAUAGUCGAUCUCAGGACCGAUGCUUCGAGGCCUGCCAUGAAGCCGACUCUGCUGUCUGUGCUCGAUCGCCCGAUAAACAACGACUUGUACGAUUUCCUCGAAGUCGCGUCACGGAACUGUCGAUACAAGAUAUGGUACGACCUUGUUACCAGCUACACAGGUCGGUCCCUUACCAUGAGCAGCGACAAGUUGCCCGCUAUUGCUGGACUUGCGGCGGCGAUUCACGAAGUCGCCAAGGACUCCUACCUCGCCGGGCACUGGCGUCUCGAGCUGGAGCGCAGCCUUUUCUGGCGUGCCGACCGGGAGGUCGUGAGCCCAGAGCCGGCCAGGUGCCGCGAAUACAGAGCUCCGUCAUGGGCAUGGCCCAGCAUGGAAGGCGGCGUCUGGUGGAACUGGCCCGAUCUCAGCCCGGGCGUGGGCGAAGAGGCCCCGAUGAGAAUUGUGGACGUCGAGGUUGACCUGGUUGCGGGGGAUGACAAUCCCUUUGGACCCGUUGCUGGUGGAAGCUUGACCGUUGAGGGCAGGACAAUCUGGGUUAGGUGGGGCGAGAAUGCGAAUGCAUACAUCACUGACGGCUUCGAAGAUGACUCUGCCAAAGCUGUCGACCCGUCGAGCUCUCAAGGGAUGUUGAUCCUCAACAGGAGCGGCAACAACGUUGGGUCGUGGGAAUGUGACGAUACGCUGAAUACCGUGUUCCCGGCCACCAAGAUCGAGCCUGGCACUACCCUAGAUGGAAUUGUGGGGAGAAGGAUCCCUUUUGCAGGCUAUGCGAGAUGGGCCAAGAAGACAGUUGAUGACAUUGACACGGCAGAGCGAUUUACGGCGUUGCCUCCCGAGCUUCUCUGUCUUCGGGGGCCGACCAAAUACAACAGAGAGAGGAUAUGGGCAGAUGGAACCGAUGAAGACGAGCAACGGGACAGCUGGUACGAAAUCGAGAGCCGCAUCGAAGCACUUGUUUUGGCCAGGACGGAAGAUCCUUCUGGCAAGGUAUUCCGCAGAGUUGGAGCAGCAGCCUUUUCUUCCUGGGAUGACAGUCAAGAACUAGCCGAAACGAUCACAAUUAAGUAG